UGCGUUUCCUGGUGAGCGCCACACAUAGACACACGCGCAGCCCGGGCGCUCCGGAGCGGGAGCUGAAAGGCAAAGGGGACAGGGGAGAGCAGCAAUUUCUCCACCAUGGAAACCUCUACAAAGUAAUCGUUGGUUUACAAAGAAGGAAGACUUUCCCAUCACAUCUGUCUAAUCCGUCCAGCUGUUUAACCAGCCAAUCGAGAGCUACUUUGGUUUUUCAAACAUAAUCAUGGCAAAACCUUAUGAAUUUAACUGGCAGAAGUCAGUCCCUUCCUUUAUGCAAGAUGGAGCUGUGUUUGACAGAUACGAAGAGGAGUCCUUUGUCUUCGAACCAAACUGUCUCUUUCAAGUGGAUGAAUUUGGUUUUUUCCUAAGGUGGAAAAGUGAAGGAAAGGAAGGACAGGUAUUAGAAUGCUCCCUGAUCAACAGUAUUCGUCUUGGAGCUGUACCAAAGGAUCCCAAAAUACUAGCUGCUCUUGAGACUGUGGGAAAUGCAGAAAAUGAGCUGGAAGGGCGGAUAGUGUGUGUCUGCAGUGGCACAGAUCUGGUGAACAUCAGCUUCACGUACAUGGUAGCAGAAAAUGCAGAAAUAGCUAAGCAAUGGGGAGAAGGACUUGGAUCCAUCAUCCAUAACUUUAGAGCUAACAACGUCAGUCCAAUGACAUGCCUCAAGAAACACUGGAUGAAGCUGGCGUUUCUGACAAACACAAAUGGCAAAAUUCCCGUUAGGAGUAUUACCAGAACCUUUGCAUCAGGUAAAACAGAAAAGGUGAUCUUUCAGGCACUUAAGGAACUCGGUCUUCCCAGUGGAAAGAAUGAUGAAAUUGAGCCUCCCGCUUUUACUUAUGAGAAAUUUUAUGAACUAACCCAAAAGAUAUGUCCUCGUACGGACAUAGAGGAACUCUUUAGGAAGAUCAAUGGAGACAAAACUGAUUAUUUAACGGUAGACCAAUUAGUGAGCUUUCUAAAUGAACAUCAACGAGAUCCUCGUCUGAAUGAAAUUUUAUUCCCAUUCUAUGAUUCAAAAAGAGCAAUGCAGAUAAUUGAGACAUAUGAGCCAGAUGAAGAUUUGAAGAAUAAAGGUCUCAUAUCAAGUGAUGGAUUCUGCAGAUAUUUGAUGUCAGAUGAAAAUGCCCCAGUCUUCCUUGACCGUUUGGAAUUAUACCAGGAAAUGGACCAUUCUUUGGCUCACUACUUCAUCAGCUCCUCCCACAAUACCUAUCUAACAGGCAGGCAGUUUGGCGGGAAGUCUUCUGUAGAGAUGUACAGACAAGUGCUUUUGGCUGGUUGCAGAUGUGUUGAACUGGAUUGUUGGGAUGGAAAAGGUGAAGACCAAGAACCAAUAAUAACGCAUGGGAAAGCAAUGUGUACAGAUAUUCUUUUCAAGGAUGUCAUUCAAGCCAUUAAGGAAACUGCAUUUGUUACAUCUGAGUAUCCAGUUAUUCUUUCAUUUGAAAAUCACUGCAGCAAAUACCAACAGUACAAGAUGUCAAAAUACUGUGAAGAUUAUUUUGGCGAUCUCCUUUUGAAGCAACCUCUAGAAACACAUCCACUUGAACCAGGAAGACCCUUACCAUCCCCUAAUGAUCUCAAAAGAAAGAUACUUAUAAAAAACAAGAGGCUGAAACCUGAAGUGGAAAAAACUGAUCAAGAAGAAGAAGCCCAUCCAGAAUUAAAAUUUGGAACUGAGCUUUCUGCAGAUGACUUGAGUCAAAAAGAAGCUGUUGCCAAUAGUGUCAAAAAGGCUCUGGAAGAUUCUGAACAAGAAAACAAUAAAAAGGGUAUAGUAACUGUUGAAGAUGAACAAGCAUGGAUGGCCUCUUACAAAUAUGUGGGUGCUACAACCAAUAUACAUCCAUAUUUAUCAACAAUGAUCAACUAUGCUCAGCCCGUAAAGUUUCAAGGUUUCCAUGUAGCAGAAGAACGCAAUAUUCAUUACAAUAUGUCCUCUUUUAAUGAAUCAGUUGGACUAGGGUAUUUGAAGACGCAUGCAAUUGAAUUUGUGAAUUAUAAUAAACGACAAAUGAGUCGAAUAUACCCCAAGGGAGGCCGAGUGGAUUCCAGUAAUUACAUGCCUCAAAUUUUCUGGAACGCUGGCUGCCAGAUGGUCUCACUGAACUUUCAGACCCCAGAUUUAGCAAUGCAAUUGAAUCAGGGAAAAUUUGAAUAUAAUGGAUCGUGCGGGUAUCUCCUUAAACCAGAUUUCAUGCGACGGCCAGAUCGAACAUUUGACCCUUUCUCUGAAACGCCAGUAGAUGGUGUUAUUGCUGCAACGUGUUCAGUACAGGUAAUAUCUGGUCAGUUCUUAUCAGAUAAAAAAAUUGGUACAUAUGUAGAAGUGGAUAUGUAUGGGUUACCUACGGACACGAUACGUAAAGAAUUUCGAACCCGCAUGGUGAUGAACAAUGGCCUGAACCCUGUUUACAAUGAAGAAUCAUUUGUAUUUCGAAAGGUUAUUCUACCUGAUCUCGCUGUUCUGAGAAUAGCAGUGUAUGACGACAACAACCGGCUGAUCGGUCAGAGGAUCCUGCCUCUAGAUGGCCUUCAGGCAGGCUACAGACACAUUUCCCUUCGAAAUGAAGGCAACAAACCACUAUCACUACCCACAGUUUUCUGCAACAUUGUGCUCAAAACAUAUGUGCCUGAUGGUUUUGGAGAUAUUGUGGAUGCUUUAUCAGAUCCAAAGAAAUUUUUAUCUGUCAUGGAAAAAAGAGCAGACCAGAUGAGAGCUAUGGGUAUUGAAACUAGUGAUAUAGCUGAUGUACCAAAUGACACCACAAAGAAUGAUAAGAAAGGAAAAGCUAAUAAUCCCAAAGCAAGUGUGACUCCUCAGAGUAGUUCUGAACUUAGACCAAGUACCACUUCUGGCCUCGGACCUGGGAUGGAAACUAAGAAAGGUAUAGAACUUAUUCCUCAAGUGAAGAUAGAAGAUUUAAAGCAAAUGAAGGCAUACAUAAAGUAUUUAAAGAAACAACAGAAAGAGCUGAAUGCUUUAAAGAAGAAGCAUGCCAAGGAGCACAGCGCUAUGCAGAAGUUGCACUGCACACAAGUUGACAAAAUAGUGGCACAGUAUGAUAAAGAAAAGUUAUCUUAUGAGAAAAUGUUAGAGAAGGCAAUCAAGAAGAAGGGAGGAAGUAAUUGUCUUGAAAUGAAGAAAGAAACUGAAAUUAAAAUUCAGGCAUUAACGUCCGAUCACAAAUCUAAGGUAAAAGAAAUUGUAGCGCAGCACACUAAAGAGUGGUCAGAGAUGAUCAACACCCACAGUGCCGAAGAGCAAGAAAUCCGGGAUUUACAUCUGAGCCAGCAGUGCGAGCUACUGAAAAAACUGCUGAUUAAUGCUCACGAGCAACAAACCCAACAGCUAAAGUUUUCUCAUGACAGGGAAAGCAAAGAAAUGCGUGCCAACCAGGCUAAAAUUUCUAUGGAAAACAGCAAAGCCAUAAGCCAGGAUAAAUCUAUCAAAAAUAAGGCUGAAAGGGAGAGGCGAGUAAGAGAACUAAACAGCAGCAACACUAAAAAGUUUCUGGAAGAGAGAAAAAGGCUAGCAAUGAAGCAGUCAAAGGAAAUGGAUCAGUUGAGAAAAAUUCAGCUUGAACAUCUAGAAGUCUUGGAGAAGCAGAAUGAGCAGCUUUUGAAAUCCUGUCAUGCAGUGUCUCAAACACAAGGCAAAGGAGAUGCAGCAGAUGGUGAAGCUGGAAGCAGAGAUGGACCGCAGGCCAGCAACAGUAGUCUAAAACUCCAGCAUGCAAACUGAAGCCAGGAAAGCCAGUAUCCAUAAAAUUCCAACCAUCGUUGCUGAGGGGGGAAAAUGGGCUUUUUUGCUCUUUUCCCUUCAGUUUAAACAAAGUGUAGACACAGACCACCAAGUCUUAAGGUUUUGCAUAUUCCUUUUUAACACGGAGUACUGAAAUUCUCUUAUUGAGCAAAACACUAU